CCCCUGCUGACGACAGGUGAGAGGAUCAGCUGACUACUGUAAACACGGGAGGGGGCGGAGACCUCACACCACGGGUUAAAGAGCAGGAAUAGGUCAACAAACAGCAAGAAUAUAAGAAAAAUAAGACCAGAGGAGCAGGUAUUCUCAACAUAAAGAGAGAGGAACAGUGGAGAAGAGUAGCCAUGAUCUCUACUGAAAAUAAGAUUCGUUCAAACAGUGCCAGAGAGGGACAGGUGGAUGUCCGGGAAGAUGAGGAUCAGGGAGUUAAACUCUCAGAGAUUAUUGAACUCCUCGUCGCUGCUGGGUACUUCAGGGCUCGCAUCAAGGGUCUCUCUCCAUUUGACAAGAUAGUUGGAGGGAUGACUUGGUGUAUUGAGACGUGCAACUUUGAUGUGGACGUUGAUCUGCUUUUCCACGAGAAUCUUACCAUUGGUCAGAAAAUAGCUCUGACGGAGAAAAUAGUACGAGUGGUGAGAUCGAUGAAGUGUCCUCAUAGACUAGAGCCUCACCAGAUCCAAGGAUUGGAUGCUAUACACGUCUUUCCAGUCAUCCAGUGGCUCGUCAAAAAGGCCCUCGAAACAAGAGAAGAAUUUGGUGAUGAAACUCGAAACUUCUCCGUUCUCCAGUUCUGUCACUACUACACUACUCCUCAAGAAGAGAAACUAAAGGAGUCGUUGGCUCAGGCUACUCACACAUUAUCUGCUGUACAUUCAGCAUAUGGUCCAAAGCGAAGGUGGAGAAGGAAGGAUUCAACCCCAAUAGAGUUGUCAAGCAUGCGAGUACAGACCACUCUGUUGGAGUACGGCCAUCUGAGCAAGCAAGAUGGUCAGGACCAAACUGACACUGCCAACAGUGAGAUGGCAGAAGUGGAGGAGCUGAUGGCAGGGAUGGACGUCGCUGAGGUGGUCGAGGGUAAACUAAGUGCUCAUCAGGUUGGCAAUAUAGUCAGCGCCCGGGUGCAGGAGAUCGCUGCCACAUCCAAGCACUACUCGGAGCUCCAGCAACAAAUUACAGAGGAGAUCGUUGGAGACAGUGCGACCUCUCAGGCCCGUAUGUUAGCAUCACUGGAAAAGCAACGUUCAUGUUUAUUGAACCAGCUGGCCGGGUUACAGACUAAGCAAGCCACUGAAACAGCCAAGGUUGAGAAGAUGAGAUCCAAGCUUCAGGAAGUUAAACAAGAGAGGAGAGAAUUAGAGAUAAAAGUCAGUGAAUUGGGAGGAGUGGAUACAAGUGAAAAUAAGCAACUUCUAGAACAAUUGUCACAGCUGGUUGAAGAAAAUGAAAAAUCCAGGAAAAGGGAAACAGAGUUUAAGGACAGCUGCCGCAAGGAGUCCGAGAAGAUGAAGAAAGAAAUCAGUAAUCUCCAGACACAACUUAAGGAGGUAGAUGUUGGAGAUGAAGUGACAGAACGUUGCAAGGGAGAAAAGGAGAAGUACACCAAGAUGAGACGGCAGUUAGCCAAGAAAACCAGACAAGUUGAAGCCCUCAAGAGAUACAUUGAUGAUGUACCAGGCAGAGCAGAGCUUACACAGUAUCAACGAAGAUUUAUAGAAUUAUAUAAUCAAGUUGCCGCCACACACCGGGAGACACAACAGUUCUACAACAUGUACAACACCUUGGCAGACACUCGCAUGUAUAUGGACAAGGAGCUGUCUCUCCUUAACUCAAUACUCGAUAAUAUGGCUAUGGCCCUGGGCAACACAGCCAACAUGGAUGAAUACCUGCAGCAGCUGGACACCAUUGUGGAAGGCAUUAGGCAAAAUAAGCUGAAGCUGGAGCGGAGACGUGUGGAAGAGAGAGUUCACCGUAAUGCCCUCAGUGAUGAACUUGGUCGCUUACAGGAGUUGAACCGACAGUACGCCAAGACUGUCCACUUACUCGGACAAGAAAUUAAUAGAAAUGAAAUGCUGCAUCAGAAAGUGACUGCUCGUGGCUCCAAACGUGAAGGCUGAGGCGAGAGGGUUGUGAGCAGAGAUGCAGUAGAUGGAUGGAUCUUCCUUCAUGGCCUCAACAGUCUGUUUGUAAUAACUGACAACCAAACAUACCAAUUGCAAAGUUAAUAAUGGUACAUAUUUAACAGGGGUCUCUUUUUUUUCUACUAUCAAUGAUGGUAAUUUAUGAUGAAAAAUAAUAAUCAUAGACAUACCUAAAAGAAUAAACAUUUUGUCUGCCA